GAAGAAGUCCAGCAGCUGUAUUUUGAGCACCACAUCGCCCAACUAAGGGAGGCUCCAAACAUCGUCUGCAGUGAUCCGGGCAAGCGUGACCUCUUGUUCUGUCGAGACAUCAAGAAGGAGCGGCCAUUUCGAUACACGUCCAAUCAACGGGCGGUCGAGACAAAGUCUCGGUACUUUCAAAGAGACAUGAGAGAGCAAAAGAUCAAUGCCGGCAUCGCUGAGAUGGAAUCACAUAUUCCAUUGCACAAGAGCAUGAACAUCGAGGCGUUCUCAGCGUUCAUCGUGGAUUACGAACACACGGAUCCCGCCCUGGAUGAGUUUUACCAGGAUGAGAUUCAUGUAGCUUGCAGAUUCAAGGCGUUCUCACUGCGGCAAAAGUCUGAGAGCAAGCUCAUCAAGAACAUGCGACACCUGUAUGGAAAGCAUUUUGCGGCCAUCUUGGGUGAUUGGAGCGACGCUGGAAAGACCAUGCGCUUUCAGGAGUCAUCAAAGACCAAAGGAUUUCGCACACUCUUUGCAAGAAACAGCAUUCCAUGCUACUUGCUGGAUGAGUAUCGAACGUCGUCCGUGUGCCCCGACUGCCACGGCCGUGUGAAGAAAAACAUCCGUCAGCGGCUGUCAUCUCGGCCAUGGCAAGCUAGAAAGGGAAGAAUGGAAUACGUCCAUGGAUUGGUGGGUUGCCCCAACCCCGAAUGUAUCAACCAAGACUGGACACCAUAUGAGAUUCCUGGAAGACGACCACUACGACUACGGAUGAGAGUGCACAAUCGGGACAUCCUGAGCACCAAGAAUUUCCUCUCGAUUGUGCGUUCGGUGGUGUUUGGCAAUGGCCGCAGACCAGACGCAUUCUCCCGUAACCGGUAGUCUAGAUUUCACCCCAUCCCAUUUUCCGUGGU